AUGUCUCAAGAGAAAAGUAAUUCCCCAAAGACUAAAGCUUAUACUAUGUCUUGUUCUAAAUCAGAAGUAAUGGAUAAUUAGACAGAAGUUAUACAUCGAGCAACAAAAAGCGAAAUAAUAUAAUCAAAUAAAGAUUAGGAUGAAGGUCAUAUAAAUAGUUAAUAAAUGAAGAAUCAAUCUGGAAACAAUUUAAAUAUUAUAAUAUUAAGCUUAGUUAUUAUCGGAUUAAUUGCUGGUUUAGUGAUAGGAUAUAAAAUAAUGAAAUCAGGAAAUGUAUAAGAUGAGGAAUAAAUGAAUGUGUUUGUUAAUAUUGUCUCAAAAUCAUUAUUAAAUAAUCUUGAAUAGCAAAAAUUUCUCAUUAUAGAUGAUUAACUUAAAUCACUGAAAAAAUUUUAUGAAAAAUAAUUAACUAAUAUUCUAUGGCAGAAGGUAAGUUUAUAUAAUGUAAAAAAUAGAUUGUGAAGCAUAUUCAAUAAUAACCUAAUGUAAUACUUAGUUAAGAUAAGAAAAAAUGGAUAUUAAAAGAGUGA